GAGAUCAUCCACAACGAAAAGUCCUUCUACAAGUUCGUUGUUGGAGAUUUCAAAGCUAGGCUUGGCGAAGCACAACAGGAAGAGUUCAAGAUUGGAAAGUUCGGAAAGGGGACGAGAACGAGAUCGGAAACCGUCAGCUGGACUUUCCGUGGUUCGACUAUUCCAUGGCAACUCUUCCCUCUAGAAGAAAGAACAUCGCUGCUGGAUGUGGGAGUCUCCAAACAGUACAAAACAUGCUGA